GACUACAAGGGCCAAAAAUUAGCAGAACAGAUUUUUCAAGGAAUCAUUCUUGUCUCUGCAGUAAUUGGUUUCAUCUAUGGAUACAUCACUGAACAGUUUGGAUGGACUGUCUACAUAGUUAUGGCUGGAUUUGCUUUAUCAUGUUUGCUGACGCUGCCCCCGUGGCCCAUGUACCGCCGCAAUCCCCUCAAGUGGCUGCCGGUCCAGGAGUCGGGCACGGAAGAGAAGAAGGCAGCAGACAGGAAACCAAAGAGACAUUCCAAAACCUAAAAAUGAUGGUGUCCAGGCUGUUACUUUGUUAAGUUUUGUUAAAUUAAUUUUCAUUGAGAAAUACUUCUUGGCUUAGUGUUUGGGUUUUUUCUUAGUGCUUUGUAUCCAUCCAUGGGUACAACCAAGCUCUGCCGGGAGCACGAAGGCUGGAAAUUGGGGCUGGAGGUUCAGGGGAGGCUCUGGGAACAAAACUAUGGGGGGGAUUAACUUCAGAAGGCUACUGGAGGUCACAUCUUGAGUAUUUCACGAAAAAGGAACACAGUGAAUAAAAUGAAUUCUAGUUAAGCUGUUGCCAUAGCCUAAAAGAUUAAUAAACAGCUGAACUUCUACUGUAA